UGGGAGGUAAUUAAGAUGAUAGGGCCAGGACACACUCAACAUGGCUGCCGCGCGCCGGGCGCCCGCCAUAUUGAGUGUGGCAGGCUUCCUCUUUGCUCCAAAGUUCAUUUUAAAGGCGAUUUUUCUGCCUUCGGAGGUGCUUUUCCAGCCCAGGUCUUCUGGGAGCCGCCCACCCAACUUCAACCGUCUCAAGCCUCUUUGGACCUUUUCUUCUCCAGAUGUGCCGGACUCCAAUGCCCAUCAUGCUGCGCAGCCUGGGAAGAUGGAAAUUUUGCACAUCUGAAUAAAUUAGCAAGAUUGCAGGCCUCAAGGCAGGAAUCUUGGAUGGCGCAGGAAAGACGGAGGUCCGUUGGGCUGCCCGCCCCGUGCAUCCUGGGCAUUGAUCUGGGCACCACAUCCGUAAAGGUGGUCCUGGUGGAAAAAACGAAUAACGGCCCCACCCUGGUUGCCAGCUGCACCAAGCCGGUGCAGGCCGAUGUGCGCAUCAAAGAGGCUCAGUUGCGGGAGAACGAGCAGGAUGUCCACAGAAUCAUUGAAGCUUUGAACGGUUGCCUAGCGUCUUUUUCUCUGGCUUUUGUGCAAAGAGUUUGCUGCAUUGGUGUUUCUGGACAGAUGCAUGGGGUGAUGUUUUGGGAAGCUGGGAAAGGUUGCACAUGGACUGAAAAUGAAGGCCGGUGGACUUUUCAGCCAGACAAAGCCAGUCAGCUGAUCACCUGGCAAGAUGGCCGCUGCAGCCCCCAAUUCCUGUCUUCCCUCCCUCCGCCUCAGUCGCACCUCAGCGUGGCUUCUGGGUACGGCUGUGCCACCAUCUUCUGGCUUUUAAAGAACAGGCCAGAUUUCCUGGAACCCUACACUGCUGCUGGCACCAUCCAGGACUACGUCGUGGCCAUGCUGUGCGGCCGGGAGAAGCCACAAAUGUCCGUGCAGAAUGCCGCCGCCUGGGGAUACUUCAGUACCAUAGAAAAAUCCUGGAACACUAAACUUUUGGAAGACUCUGGCUUUCCCAUCCAUUUGCUUCCUGAAGUGGUCGAUUCCGGUGACCUUGCGGGGGAAACCUGCCAGGCGUGGCACCGGGUCCCAGCCGGAACCAAGGUUGGGAUAGCCCUGGGAGAUUUCCAAUGCUCCGUUUACUCUUGCCUGUCUGAAGACAGUGACGCAGUUCUCAACAUCAGCACCUCGGCCCAGCUGGCGGUCCCCCUGCCACCCGGGUUCCAGCCUGUGGAGGCUCCUGAUCCAAGGUCACCCGUGCAAUAUUUCCCGUAUUUUGACAACCGGUAUCUGGCGGUGGCUGCUUCGCUAAACGGCGGAAACGUGAUGGCUGCGUUCGUGAAGAUGGUGGCUGGAUGGAUGGCUGAGCUGGGGCUGGAAGUCUCCGAAUCCGAUGUCUACCGGCCGAUGAUCGAGGCCGGGCUGAGCCAGGCCGAGAGCCGUCUCCGCGUCUGUCCCACCCUCUUCGGGGAAAGGCACGCGCCCACCACUCUGGCUUCGGUGACGGACAUCGCGGCCUCCGACAUGUCCCUGGGGCACGUGGUCCGGUCCUUGUGCCGGGGGGUGAUCCAAAACCUGCACUCCAUGCUCCCUUCCGGGAACCUGAAGGAAGCCGGGGCCAAGCGGAUCGUGGCCAGCGGGAGCGGGCUGUGCCGGAACGAAGUGAUGAAGCAGGAAGCGGAGAAGGCCUUUGCGCUCCCCGUGGUCCACGGCCAAGUCGCCGAUGCCGCCUUGGGGGCGGCUUACGUGAUGCUGAAGAGGAAUCAGCAGAGGGACCUUGGAGGUCAUCUAGUCCAGCCCUUUGCUCGAGCAGGAGACCCUGUUCCCCUUUCAGACAAGUGACUGUCCAGUCUCUUCUUAAAAACCUCCAGGGCUGGAGCAUCCACCAGCUUUGAAGUCAAGCCAUUCCGCUGAUAAAUUAGGAUAAAAUAGAAUAGAAUAGAAUAAGGGAGAAUAGAAUAGAAUAGAAUAGAAUAGAAUAGGAAUAGAAUAGAAUAGAAUAGAAUAGAAUAGAACAGUGGUUCUCAACCUUUUUA